GGAGCGGCGCCGGUGAACAGUGAGGGCGGUAGUCUCUGUAUUACUCACUAGCCCAGAAAAGUGUUUUUUUGUGGAAGGUGAUUAACCCUGAAAAUGUUCAGCUUGAGUGUGUGUGGUGUGGUAGGUGAAGGAUGGGCUUGUGUGGAGUGCAAGAAUAAAAUCAAGAAAGACUACAAUGGACUUCUGAAGUGUUGAAGUGACAGAAGGAAGGAAAAUGGAGGCAGACACCAUUUUAAGUCUUAAACAGCAACUCAAGGAGGCAGAGAAUGAGAGAAGAAAGGCAGCAGAAUAUGGUUUGCAUUUACUGGAGUCCCAAAGUGAAGUCCAAAAUCAGCUGGAUCAAACACGCCGUGAACUGACUGAGAAGACUGAGAAAUUUGAACAAGAGAAAUACACUCUUCAGAGAGAAAUUGAACUCAAGAAUCGGAUGUUGGAAAGCUUGCAUUUUGAGUGUGAUUCCCUCAAGCAGCAGCAGAACAUGCAACUGGAAACACAGAAGGAACAGCUGACCAGAGCCUUUGGACAAGAAAUCAAUGACCUUAAAAACAAGUUGGAGAACCUGAAAGCAGAACUUGAUGAAACCCGACUCUCAGAGAAACAACUGAGACACAAAGUGGAGCAUCAGAAGGAAAUAAUUGCUGCCAAAUCAGAGGAACUGCACAUGAUGUCUGAACGUGUCCACGAGACCAUGUCCUCAGAAAUGCUCAACCUUCAGAUAGAGCUCACUGAACUGGAAAGUGUGAAGGCCAAUGUUGAAGAGAAGCUGAAUGAGCUUCAGUACAGUAAAGAACAACUAGAACUCAUCAACAGUAACUUACAGAACCAGCUGGAGCGACUGCACGCAGAAAAGGAAGAGAGGGAAAAAGAAGUUGUUUCUUACUGUAAUGCAUUAGAGAAAGCUCGUGAAGCCAAUCAGGAGCUUCAGGUUCAGCUGGAUCGUGCAGUGCAACAGUCUUUGGACCCUACAAGUAAAGGCAAUUCUCUCUUUGCUGAGGUGGAGGACCGUAGGGCAGAAAUGGAACGGCAGCUGAUCAGUGUGAAAGUAAAAUAUCAGUCCCUCCAAAAACAGCAUGCAUUCACUAGAGAACAGUUGCAGAGAAUGAAGCUGCAAAUGGCUACACUGCUGCAGAUGAAAGGCUCUCAGGCAGAAUUUGAUCAGCUGGAACGUUUACAGGCCAUGUUGGAGCAAAAGAAUGGGGAAAUAGAAGAUCUGCUGAUGAAAGUGAGGCAGCUAGAAAAAUUUAAGACUUUAUAUGAGAAUAUGGAAGAAUCCAAACCUGGGAGUAGCAAAAAAGGAGGUGACUCUGAGGAUGAGUACUAUGCAGAUUUACUGAAAAUUAAACUUGACAACUCCAACAAGGAAACUGAAACACUGAAAAAUGAACUCUCCUUGCAAAAAAUGAAAGCUCUGUAUGAGAGCCAAAGGGUCCUGGAAUUUGAAAGGAAGCUCUUUACCAGUGAGAGACAGUUGCAGACGUGUCAGAGUGAGAAUAUGAGCUUGAGAGUUAUGCUGGAUGAGCUGAAAAUGAAAUAUGAACCUGAAGAAUUACCUAGAGGCUCUAAAGUUAAAAAGAAGAGGGAGAGGAUUCCAGUGGACACUACUUGUGAAUACUUGGACAGCAAAAGUACUCCAGUAAGAGAAGGUGCUCUCACUCAGUUGCCAAGUAAGGAAGGAAAAAAGAUAACUGCCAAGUACUUGGAGCAAAGUGGUGCUUCUCAACUAAGACAGGCUUUCCCAGCAUCCCCAUUCCACACAACUCUGCAAGCAAAGAGGAACACAGUGGAACCUGAAAGGGAGAAAAGAGUUAAAUUUCAAGAAGACAACCACGAGGCCUUUUCUUCAAACAGCAGAAGUGGAAAUAAUUCCUUGACUUCAGCUGCCCUCAGGUUAACAGCUGAAUCCAGAUCUGAAUCUACAGAAGAAGAUAAGAAAGAAAAUAAAAUCACGGCGGAGAAGAAAACAAAAAAGACAAAAUACACAACCUUGUAUGUACCUUCCAAGAAAACCCCUGAAACACAGUGUGCUCAGCAAUAGAACUUACACUUCUGGAAGGCACCUGGACAAUUUGGAGUCCUGCUUCAGCAGGAAAUACUGAGUAAACUUGUCACAGCUCAGUGUACAGAUUCCUGACUUGGGUAUUGAUCUGCCUUGUGUUCUGAAGAGUAUGAGGGGGUUAAUGAGAGCUGCACUUUGAUAACUUCCCAGAGGGCACUGGUGGAGUUCCCUUCACUGGGACCUCAAGUGUUGCCUUGUCCUGACUCUUGGUGAAGUCUCUAAAUGUGCUGUUGUGGAGGAGAAGCACUUGCUGCACUGGUUUUAUUGUAUGGCAGGACAGGGGCAACCCUGAGCAAGACAGACUGGACAGUGUUGUUGAUGGAGAACUUGGCUAAGUCAGGUUCUCCUGAAUUUCUUCCUGGAUUCAGAAUUCUUAAUAUUUUUUCCUCCUAAUGAUGUACCUUUUCAACUUUCAGGCUGACCUGAUGGCAAAGGUGAACUGAAUCUUUUUGUGUGUUUUGUUGGUCAGUAUUCACUUGAAACUCUGACUUCUUGUAUUUGUACUAAUAAUUAAAUAAAGGUUUAUUUCUCUUUCUUUA